UUUACUCCGAUUUUCAGCUUGUUUGUACUCCAACUCUCUACAGAAUGAUAGGAAUUCAUUUUUUAGAUUUCUGCUUUUUCCCAGUUGUUUUCAAGUUUUUUUCGACAUUCGCUCUCACAUCCCAGUUUGGUGACAUCAUUCUGAUCACAUUCAGCCGUCUUUAUAAUGUAGAGAUUUAAUCUUCUUUUGAAUACAUUGUUCAAACAAGGAUGUCAGCAACACUGUGCUUCAAGACAUCAGUUUUCGCGUUGAGGAGGGAGAGCUUUUCGCGGUGAUCGGUCCCGUUGGGUGUGGAAAGUCUUCCCUGCUGAUGGCCCUGCUGGGAGAGCUUCCGACCGUAUCAGGGGUCAACACUCUGAUCGGUCGGAUUGGCUACACGGCUCAGCAACCCUGGAUUGUGUCCGGGUCACUCCGGCAAAAUAUCCUCUUUGGGAGUGAGUACGAGUCUGCCAAGUACAAGCGAGUCAUCAAGCAAUGCGCGCUCACCAGGGAUAUUGAACUGCUAUCACAUGGAGAUAAGACGCUGGUUGGCGAGCGAGGGGUGACCCUUAGUGGAGGUCAGAGGGCAAGGGUCAGCCUGGCCAGAGCCUUGUACAGUGAUGCUGAUGUAUAUCUGCUGGAUGAUCCGCUCAGCGCAGUUGAUCCCGCGGUUGGGAGACACCUUUUCGAAAGGUGCAUCCUUCAUCAAAUGAGGGACAAGGUGCGGAUCCUAGUAACUCAUCAGCUGCAGUUCCUAGACAAGGCCGAUAAGAUUCUCAUCCUGAAACAGGGCAGCGUAGCCGGCUAUGGGACCUACCAGGAGUUGCAGGAGGAAGGCGUGGACUUUGCCGCCCUCUUGAAGAAGAAAUCCGAGGACAGUGACGACACCGGAGAUAAGGAGCAGGUCCUCGAAGGGCGGAAGAGAGAAAGAAACACAUCAAUGCGCUCCAGUGCUUUGUUUCGUCCAAACCAAGAACAGGCGGAGACACCCGUGGACAUCACUCCGGAGGAGAUGGCUGUGGGUACCAUUGAGUGGAUGGUGUAUAUCCGGUUCUUCCGGGCAGCAGCAGGAUUCCUCUUUCUACUCGUCUGGGCGAUCAUCGUAGUUGGUGCAGAGGCUGCGCUGACUUUCACGGACCUCUGGCUGGCGACGUGGGCUUACGAGGAAGAGAAGGAUUUGGCAGCCAGAAAUCAGAAUUUUCAGAAUGCCAGCAAAUACGACAACCAGUCACAUUACGUCAGAAUUUACGCCAUGUUGUGUGGAGGAUCGACGCUUCUCUUGCUUGUCCGUAGCUUUCUGUUCUUCCACCUGUUCGUGACGGCCUCACGGGCUCUUCACAACCAAAUGUUCGCCUCUAUAAUCAGGGCACCCAUGCAGUUCUUUGAUACGAAUCCAGUGGGUAAGACGAGUCGACUGUGUGCUACAGCGCUCGUAGUGUGAAGUUAAUGCAAUCCAUGUAUU